GGGCGUGUUAAGUUUGGUUUUGUUGGUUUUCGAUCAUGGCAUGUCUGCAACCUUUUUCUUCGGAUUUUCAAAAAUCCGUGAUGCAUUUGCAAAGGAAAUGGAUUCACAUUUUUUAAGUAUUUGCACUGAAAAAAAGUAUACGCAUCAGCAUCCACAUUUUUUAAACAUGAAACCCGCCAAAAUAAUGCCAAGACUUUUCGAAAAUGAUGGCGAAACGAGGGUGGACACCGACCUGGAGCACUUUUGCACAAUUUCAUGUCGUAUAUCGAAAUUAGUAUAAAUACCUGGCAAUUGGCUGACCAUUUUGUGAAUGUGUCUCUCAUAACUCAUAUCUACAACACCAAGUCCACAUUAAAACAUUCAGCCAACACUUAUUCUUCCUGAAAUGUCUUCUAUCCCAACCAUCGAGCUUGGCGUUCCUGGCGAUAAGGUCGCUGUGUCACGCAUCGGCUUAGGCGCCAUGGGCAUGUCUUUUUUAUACGGCUCAUUUAACGAUGAGGAGUCGAUCAAGGUGCUCAAUCAUGCCAUUGACAUUGGCUGCACGUUCUGGGACACCUCUGACAUUUACGGGCCCACGUUGAACGAGAUUCUGCUGGGCAAGGUUCUGAAAACCCGUCGCAGUGAGGUCUUCUUGUGCACCAAGUUUGGGUUUACCUUCACCGAGCCCGGACCCGACUACGCCGGCAACUAUCAAGAACUUUUGACUGGACUCAGCGGCAAGCCCGAGUAUGUCCGUAGCGCUGCCGAGGCCAGUCUGAAGCGCCUGGGCGUCGAGCAAAUUGACCUGUACUAUCAGCAUCGCGUGGAUCCCACCGUUCCUAUUGAGGAAACUGUCGCUGCCAUGGCCGAGCUUGUCAAGGAGGGCAAGGUGCGUUUCCUUGGCCUGUCCGAGUGCACAGCCGAUGAGCUCCGCCGCGCGUACAAGGUGCACCCAAUUGCUGCAGUGCAGCUCGAGUACAGCCCGUGGUCGACCCACGUAGAGACCGACGGACUGCUUGAUGCUUGCCGCGAGCUCGGUGUCACUUUAGUUGCGUACUCGCCGCUGGGUCGUGGCUUUUUGACUGGUCAAAUCCGUAGCAUCGAUAACCUUGAGGAGAAUGACUAUAGACGUGUUAACCCGCGGUUCAAGCCAGAGCACUUUGCUAACAACCUCAAGCUGGUCGAUGGGCUGGAGGCCAUUGCCAAAGAGCGCGGCGACAAGCCCGGUCAGUUGGCGCUUUCGUGGUUGCUGGCUCAGGAUAAGAACCUGAUUGUCAUUCCUGGAACCAAGAGGAUCAAGUACCUUGAAGAGAAUUUUGCUGCUGGCAAGAUCAAGUUGACUGACGAGGAGCUCAAGGAAAUCAGGCAUCUGGUGGACAUUGCCAACAUUCAGGGUGCACGUUACUGAGUGAGUGUACAAUUUUU